UGUGCCCGUGCUGUUAUGUUACAGUUGACAACAAAAUGACUCAAAAUCUGAAUGAAGAAGAAAGCUUUAUCACUAAUUAGUAGCACUGUAUUCCAAGGAUUUGUUUAAAGUACGCGUGCACUUCUGGAAAAACUCCUUGGGCGUAUAACACCGACAGAUAUUCGAUAAAGUCGCGCCAUUAUUUAGUCAUUUAUAUCAGUUUUGUCCGUCGGUAAAAUAUAAAGAUAAGAUGGCAGCCACAAGGGAGAGGCGUGCCAAUGCUGGCAAUAAAAUGGGACGCAUGUUGGAAGCUGAAGAAGAGGAUGAUUUCUAUAAGACAACUUAUGGUGGCUUCGAUGAGGAAGAGGGUGAUCAAGUUUAUAAUUCUGAAGACUCUGAAUCAGAUCAAAUUGAUUCUGACUUCAGCAUUGAUGAAAAUGAUGAGGUCCGAAGUGAUGUGGAUGAUGAUGAUGCCCCUAAAAAACGUAAAGGAGUGUCAACAAAAGCAUACAAGGAACCUAUCAAAAAGCCUAAACCUGAGGAGAAGAAACCUAAAGAGAAGAAAGAGAAAAAGAAAAAGACUACAUCAUCAGUACAAAUUUAUCAUACACCUCUUGAGAAAAAAUCAUUACGAAAAUCAACAGCAAUCAAAUCAAGUGCACGGGAGGAACGAGAAAAAGUGCGCGAGAUGAAGCAGAAAAUGUUGAAGGAUAUUGCAGCCCAGAAGAGGGUUGCUGAGGUGCGAAGGCUAACCCAGGAGGAACUACUUGCUGAGGCAGAAAUUACUGAAGAACUCAACUUGAAGUCUCUAGAAAAUUACCAGCGCAUGGAGAUGGAAAAGAAGAAGAGUCGUGUUUCUAAGCAGAUAAAUCGUGGUCCUCUGAUCCGUUACCAGUCCUUCACCAUGCCACUGAUCGAGGAGUUGCCAUGUGAUGUGGAGAUCAGCGUGGAUGUUGACAGUAUUGAACCCCAGAAGAAAGUUGAGGAGUAUGAUCUCGUGAAUGGUGAAAAGUGCUCGCGGACAUUUAUAACAUUUACAGACGAAAGGAUUUUCAAAGACUACUUUCCACAGAAGAAACAUAAACCGCCAGUAAAGCAGUAUUGCCCUGUGACUAAAAAACCAGCUAAGUACUUCGACCCAAUUACACAGACACCGUAUUCUUCCCUCAAAGCUUUUCGUUGUAUCAGAGAGGCCUACGCACACCAGCAAGAGGAAUCGAGUCAUAAGAAGAAGUGACAUUUUGUGAAUGGAAUCUUUUGUUUACAUGUCUGUGUUUUGAGAGAAUGACUAGUGUUGAAAAUGAGAAAUGAAAAUAUUAUAGGAAUAUGAGUACAUUGAAUUUUGUUUUUCCUUUUUAUAAGUGAAAGUGAUAACAUUACAUAGAUUUAUUUUCUUAUUUGUCUGAAAUUCUGAUUAAAAGAAUAAGAUCUGAUUUUCAUCAGUAAGAUAAAUGAAAUUGUUAGGUUUUAUGUUACAGAAUUACAGCUUCUUUUCUUCGUUUUUUUAAUAGGUCAAAUAUUUGCAGUUUUACUAAAUGUUUAAUAGAUAAAAGAUGUCUGCUAAAGAACUGCCAAAAAGCGUCUCUCAUUCAAAAAUCUACUCACUGGUUAUGUUCCACAACCACCUUGUUGUCUUCUUCAGACCUUACUUUGAUCAAUGAGGAUGUCAUUUUCAUAGAAAUCAUGAUUUUGUCUUUACUAUUUUAUUUUCAAAUCACCUAUAUUUUUUCACAAGUUUCUCCCAUUUUCAAAAAAAACCCCAAAAAUUAGAUCCCUGGAUAUUUUUGAAUGGAUAUUAUGAUAAUCUUGUCAGUAGUGGACUACUGGGAGGUAUUGCUUGUCUGGAUUAAGAUUUGUAUGUACGUUUUGGAAAACAAGAAUAUGAAAGUACCUGUGAGGUAUGAGAAUAUGGCAGAGUGAAUUUUUGAUUUGGAAGCACAGAGGAAUAAGUGAUGUGGAUUGUUAAUGCUACUGUGAGAUACUGAUUGCUGAAAAUAAAAUGGUUACUCCUGUUCAA